AUGGUGACCAUCAAACGGCACGCUGGACACUUGUUGGUCAGUGCAAGUGUUCCUCGGCAAACCACUCCUUGUUCUGGAGCAGAGUUGGCCGGCUGCAAGCGCACAUGUUUAAAGCAUGGCCCUGAAGCCUCGUCUCCUGCUCUGUCUGCCCUGCUCUCCCUUCACUGGCUGCACAAGAUCCCAGACCGAAAGACGGGGACGGCCUUUGCUGCCCUAAUGACAUUUCUUCCGACCAAUCGUAGCUCUUUCCACGCCCUCCCUGUAUACAGUCCCUCCUCCCUGUUGUCUCUAGGCACACCAACUACCAAGAGGAGGGGAGAAAAGUGCAGGCAGGGAAAAAAAGUAAUCGCAAGUAGGCAGGCGGCUCCUGGGUUUAGCUUCCCUGUAGGAACACAGUGUGAGUUCGUGGGGCGUUUGCUGGUUUACUCACUUCUUGUCACAGUAGCAAGAACAUCGGCACAGCGGCGGGCCCGGAACAAAGGGGUUGAGCACUGGAGAAGAACUCAGGGACAGAGGGAAAACUGA